AGCAGCAGUGUAGCGCUGAGGAAAGGUGGACAACUGACUGCGUAGUUGGGAUUUGAUUGUUGCCCGGAAUGAAGGCUCCGAGCAGCCUCUUAUCUGUGGGCGGGACGGAGGAGGUGCGAGCGAGUUGGCGGGUCGAUAACUCCGCCUCUGACGUUGCGGCGCCACUAUCGAGCGGCGAGUCGGCCGGACAGCAGCACAAGAUGGCGGCGAGGCGCCUGCUGUGGGCCGCGACCUGCCUGCUGGGGGCGUGUUCCGGGGACCAGCGCCUUGUCCAGUAUGAAGAAGACAUCGCACCAGUUCCAGCCAGACCCCAACACGUGGAGGGCUGGCCCCGGGAUCUGCCCCACCUGGGCGAGGUGAGCGGCGUGUCUGUCAACCCCGCCGGCCAGCCCGUCAUCUUCCACCGCGGACCACGCGUGUGGGACGCCAGCUCCUUCAACAGCACGAACCACUUCCAGCACGUGUCUGAAGGCCCCAUUCCCGUGGACACUGUGCUGGUUCUGGAUCCGGAGCACGGCUCGGUGCGGGCCAGUUGGGGUCGCAGUCUGUUCUACAUGCCGCACGGCAUAACGAUAUCUCCCCGAGGUGACAUGUGGCUUACUGACGUCGCGCUUCAUCAGGUCUUCAAGUGGGAGCCGGGCGGCGUGGCGCCCUCCAUGGUGUUCGGACAGCGCCUGCAGCCGGGCAGCGGCCUGGGGCACCUGUGCCAGCCGACCGCCGUCGCCGUCGCCUCCAGCGGCGUCGUGUUCAUCGCCGACGGCUACUGCAACUCGCGCGUGCUGGAGUUCAGCCCGCAGGGGGUCCUGCUGCGCGUGGUUCCGCAGCCUCCCGAGUUCCUGUCGCUCCAUGUGCCACACAGCCUGGCUCUGGUGGAGUCCCUGGACCUGCUGUGUAUCGCCGACAGGGAGAACAUGAGGGUGGUGUGUCCUCGCGCUGGUCUGGAGGGUCGCUCAAGAAGGGAGCCGCCCGCCGUGACCGUGCAGGAGCCCGACCUGGGGCGGGUGUUCGCUGUCGCUACCUGCGGUAGCUACGUGUAUGCUGUAAACGGACCGACGUCGCCCAUGAUUCCGGUGCGAGGCUUCACCGUGGACCCGCUGUCAGAGAGCAUUGUUGACCACUGGCAGCCCACCUCCACAGCGCUGCGCAAUCCGCACGCCCUGGCGGUGUCGCCCAAUGGCUCCGCGCUCUACGUCACCGAGAUCAUGCCCAACAGGGUGCUGAAGUUCGCCCUGAGGCGCGGCUAGUCGCCGUGGCAUGUGGCAACACUGCUGAACAACCUCAUCCUGCUUGGAUACUUCAUCUGUACACUCCAAUAAUACAUUAAAACCCUUGUACAUCUUU